AUGUUUAACUCUGAUGACAUAGUGGUGAGCGGUAUGUCCGGUCGGUUCCCACUGUCGGACACCACCGACGAGUUUGCACGAAAUCUGUACGAUGGGGUCGACAUGAUUACGGACGAUGGAUGCCGUUGGCCACCCGGUCUGUACGGCAUAUCCAAUCGUAUGGGAGCCAUUGUGAGCUACAACAAAUUUGACACCCAAUUUUUCGGGUUACCCGAUACUACUGCACAACUAUAUGACCCACAAUCUAGGUUACUAUUUGAGACAUCGUACGAGGCCAUAUUAGACGCAGGCAUAAAUCCGCAAACGUUACGUGGCCAGAUGAUUGGCGUGUACGUGGGUGCUUUCCAAUACGCCGAGUCCGAUGGGUAUGGGGAGUACAAUCACCCCGAUCAACCUGCUCACAUGAACAUGAUGGUGCAACGUAGAAUGGCUAAUAUGAAAAGUGGCCUGGCCAAUAAGUUAUCGUAUGCUUUCGACUUUAAGGGGCCCUCAGCUACCGUGGACACGGCGUGUUCAUCUAGUUUGAGCGCGCUCACUUUGGCAAUCAAUGAUAUUAAACUA